AUGUGCACUUUUGACCUCACCCUCUACCCCUUUGACAGUCAACACUGCCAGAUGGUCUUCUAUGUCGGCGCUUACACCCAGCAGUAUGUGGUCACUUCCCUCAAAAAUGUCACCUUCUCUGGGAAUCGCCAACUCCUUGAGUACCGCGUGACUAGUCUCAAGCAUCAACCAUUGCUGUACCAAAACAAGAGUGGUCAGCACAUAGAGAUCGAGUUGGCUAACCUUUACGGGUACUACAUCAGCGGCGCCUACGUGCCCACCAUGCUCUUGGUCAUCAUCUCUUACCUCACCUUCUACUUUUCCCUAGACGACUUCACCAACAGAGUUAUGGUCUCCCUCACCUCCCUCCUAGUGCUGGCAGCCCUCUUCUCCCAGAUAGCCUCUGGCUUACCCAAGACAGCCUACCUGAAGCUGAUUGACGUUUGGUUCAUCUUCUGCAUCAUGUCAGACUUUGUCAUGGUAUCGGUGCUGGUUAUCAUCAACUCCUACAUGCAGGUCCAGAUGCCCAUCAAGGUGACACCCCUGAUAUCAGGCGUUCACGGCGCCAAGAGAGGGUCACAGGUAUACAAAACUGAUAAAACUGGUUGUACAAUUUUUGAACACCUUCCCUGAUACACAAGUGCAGUAGGUCAUUUAAUCAAUUCCCUGGUCUUGGAACUCCAUGGUCCAGGUAGCCAAUAAACUUGUAUCGGUAAUUCAUUUUAUUAAUACCCUGAUACACAAGUCCAGAAUUUGUCACUAUCCAUUCCAAUUUUACUCUCAGGCAAGAUUAUCAGGUGUUGUCAGAUUAGCUGUGUUCUGCUCAG